AUAGCUCGACAGCAGCGCAAUAAGCUGCCUGUUGCAUUGCGGGAAAUGUCCAGCAGUUGGUCAAUCGAGGAAACAAAUCUGCUGAUCCGCAAACGGCUAGAACUAUUCGGUUGCUCCCAGCAGCACAAAGUCUAUGAGUACAUAUCUGCGUACCUGGCUCAGAAACAUAAUUACGUGAGAAAUGCUGCAGCAUGCCAGACACGGUUCAACAACUCGCUGAAGACCUACCGGACUUGCCUGAAGCGCAUGGAAACCGGUGGACAGACCACGAAGAUGCGAUUUCCCUAUUUCGACACAUUCCACCAACAUUACAGCAAGCUGGUCAAAGCGGGGGAUGUUGAAACGGCCAGCAACAAGUGCAAAUCGGAGAUCUUCCUAGACGACAUCUAUGAAGACAGUUCGUUCGCGGAUGCCGGUGGUGACGGAGGGGAAGGUUUGCUUAUGGAUUCAAUGCAGACGGAGAAUUGUGAAUCUCCGGAGAGUGCACGUCGGUUUCGAUCCCAACAAGCGCAGCUUGGGGACGAAGAGCUGACCACGUCGCUAACCGCCACAAACGGGGUGGAAGAUUUGAAGUUACGAUUGAUGGAGCAAAAGCUGCUCUACUACACGAACCAGAAUAUGUUGCUUCAGAUGAAACAGGAACACUACCGACAGAAGGAGCAUGAACGAGCGAGGACGAAGCUGCUGGCUGAGGAGAUUCUGAAGGUGCUGAAAGGAAUUCAUACAUGUCUGACCAAAAGUGUGGGGAGCAAAGCGACAGAAAAGACUCCCGUCGUACAGCGAGAGCCGGAGCCAGAGUUGAAGGUAUUGAAAGAGGUCAAAAUUCUCGACGAAGAGCCAUUUCCCGUAGACGAGGAGGAAGUCGAAGAGGAAGAAGAAGCGGAAUCUGGUGGACCGCUGGCGCCAACGUACGGUGAGUCUGACGAGGAAGAGGUCGAGGAGGAGGAAGAAUACAACGCGUCGGCGGCGGAAAUUCAACCCGGUGGCGGCGGAGAGAGUAGUCAGGAGGUGGGCAAAACAUUCGAAGUUGGACGGCUGAAAGUGCGGAAAAAUAUUUUCCCUCCAUGGAACCGUAUCCAGACGGUGCUGCUGAUAAAAAUUCACUGCGACUUGCGGCCGAAAUUCCGGGGGUACAAUCUGUUCGAGUGCGUGUCCAACAAGCUGAUCGAGCUGCAUAUAAAUCGAACGCCCCGCGAUUGCCGAACCAGAUGGAACAAUCUGUUCCGGUCCUACAAGGACUGCCGGAUGAGACUGAAGUUGAACGACAAAGCAAGCGUGAAGUUUGAGUAUUUUGACGAUAUUGACGCAUAUUUUAAGGAUAAGGAUUUCUCAGCGUUAUGCUAGGAUUUAUUUUACAGCUUAGACAGCGCCCUCGGGUCGUUCAAAAAUUGU